UUUCUAACACUUGCCAAUGAAAUUCACAAAAACAAGUGACGGUCACACUGGUUCCGACUAUUGAUUGAAAUAAAAUUUACGCAAAUGCAAAAUUUUCCUGUUCCAAUGCAAAGUAAACCAUAAAAAUCCAUUGUGAAAAUUUGUGGGGUGGUGGGUGCCAAAACGGAUACGAUACUCAAUAGGCGAUACUCGUAGUAAAGAGAGCGGUGAAGAGAGUGAAAGAGACCGUCGAGAGCGAAGAGCAUGUAUUUGAUGUGUACUCAAAAGCGGGCGAAGAGAGCGCACUAAAUACCCACACACACUCAGUCGCUUUCGCGCAAUACACACACACGCGGGCAAAAAGGACGAAAACGAGGAAGAGAAAGAGGAAGAGCUUUCUAGGGAAACUAGGAUAAAGAUAAAGUGUGUGUUUUGGCCAAAAUGAAUCCGGCGGUGGAUGCGUGGGCGGUGACCCCGAGGGAACGAAUAAAGUACCAGGAGCAGUUUAAGGCACUCCAGCCACAGGCAGGAUUCGUGACCGGUGCCCAGGCCAAAGGAUUCUUCCUGCAGUCCCAGCUGCCGCCACUGAUCCUGGGCCAGAUCUGGGCUCUGGCGGACACCGAUUCCGAUGGCAAGAUGAACAUUAACGAGUUUAGCAUAGCCUGCAAGCUGAUUAAUCUCAAGCUGCGGGGCAUGGACGUACCGAAGGUCUUGCCGCCCAGUCUGCUGGCUUCCCUUACUGGGGAUGGCCAAAAGACGCCCUCGAUGACGCCACGUGGUUCCACAAGCUCCAUGAGCCCAAUGGAUCCGCUCAAGGGAAUGGUUCCCCCAGUAGCCGCAGUGGUUCCCGCACCCGUGGUGGCUCCUCCUCCGGUCGCGCCGGCUCCUGUCAUCUCGCCACCCGGUGUCGUGGACCUGGUUAAGAUUCCCGCUGGCCCCACGCCGCCCUCCAGCAACCCACCCAGUCGUCACAUGUCCGUUUCGGAGCGAGCACCAUCCAUCGAGUCUAUACAAGGAGAAUGGGCCGUUCAAGCUGCACAGAAGCGCAAAUACACGCAGGUGUUUAAUGCCAACGAUCGUACUCGAUCUGGCUUCUUGACCGGUGCCCAGGCACGUGGCGUUCUGGUGCAGAGCAAGCUGCCUCAGGUAACGCUGGCUCAGAUCUGGACGCUGUCCGAUAUCGACGGCGAUGGGCGGCUCAACUGCGACGAGUUUAUUUUGGCCAUGUUCCUGUGCGAGAAGGCCAUGGCCGGUGAGAAAAUUCCCGUGACCUUGCCCCAAGACUGGGUGCCCCCCAACUUGCGCAAGAUCAAGUCACGACCGGGCUCAGUCUCUGGGGUAGUAUCGCGACCAGGAUCGCAGCCCACCUCCCGACACGCCUCCGUGUCUUCGCAGGGCGGAGUUGGAGCCGUGGAUGCUGACCCAACAGCCGGACUGCCCGGACAAACUUCUUUUGAGGACAAGCGCAAGGAAAACUAUGUAAAGGGUCAAGCCGAGCUCGAUCGGAGGCGCAAGAUCAUAGAGGAUCAGCAACGCAAGGAGCGGGAGGAGCGGGAGCGAAAGGAGCGGGACGAGGCUGAUAAGCGCGAGAAGGCUCGCUUGGAGGCCGAGCGUAAGCAACAGGAGGAACUGGAGCGGCAGCUUCAGCUCCAGCGAGAGAUCGAGAUGGAGAAGGAGGAACAGCGCAAGCGGGAACUGGAAGCCAAGGAGACGGCCAGGAAGGAGCUGGAGAAGCAGCGCCAGCAGGAGUGGGAGCAGGCUAGAAUUGCUGAAAUGAACGCACAGAAGGAGAGGGAACAGGAGCGAGUCCUCAAGCAGAAGGCACACAACACCCAGCUUAAUGUGGAGCUGAGCACACUAAAUGAGAAGAUCAAGGAUCUUUCGCAGAGGAUUUGCGAUACUCGCGCGGGGGUGACCAAUGUAAAGACCGUAAUCGAUGGCAUGCGCACCCAGCGCGACACUUCCAUGACCGAAAUGUCACAGCUGAAGACGCGCAUCAAGGAGCAGAACGCCAAGCUGCUGCAGCUCACACAGGAGCGCGCCAAGUGGGAUGCCAAGAGCAAGGCCAGUGGCGUUGCCAUGGGUGGAGAGAAUGCGCAGCAGGAGCAACUGAAUGCAGCCUUUGCCCAUAAGCAGCUGCUGAUUAACCAAAUCAAAGAUAAAGUCGAGAACAUUAGCAAGGAGAUUGAGUCAAAGAAGGAGGACAUCAACUCUAACGACGGACAGAUGUCUGAGCUCAAGGCGGAACUCUCUGCUCUGCUCACCAAGUGCGAGGAUCUGUACAAGGAAUACGAUGUACAGCGUACUUCGGUGCUGGAAUUGAAGUAUAAUCGCAAGAACGAGACCGUCGUGACCUCCGCCUGGGACACGGGCAGCUCUAGUGCUUGGGGAGAGCCGGAAACGACUGCCGCCGAUCCCUAUGCAGGUAUGAGCAACGACGUCACCGCAGUGACAGCUCCAGCCGUGGAUUUGAGUGGACCGGCUCCCGAGGGAUUCGUGAAAUACCAGGCGGUGUACGAGUUUAAUGCGCGCAAUGCCGAGGAGAUUACUUUCGUUCCUGGUGACAUUAUCUUGGUGCCGUUGGAACAGAACGCCGAGCCGGGAUGGUUGGCAGGCGAAAUAAACGGCCACACCGGCUGGUUCCCCGAAUCCUAUGUGGAAAAGCUGGACGAAGGAGAGGUUGCUCCCGUCGCAACCAUCGAACCGGAAGUUGUUGCCCAAGUGGCAGCCGUGGCGGACACCUACAAUGACAAUAUCAAUACCAGCAGUGCGGCUCCGGCUCCUUCUGCCGAUCUUAGUGCCGCCGGCGAUGUCGAGUACUACAUAGCCGCAUACCCUUAUGAUUCCGCCGAGGAGGGCGAUCUUAGCUUCGGUGCCGGCGAGAUGGUCAUGGUCAUCAAGAAGGAGGGCGAGUGGUGGACGGGCACCAUUGGCAAUCGCACCGGCAUGUUCCCCUCGAACUACGUCCAGAAGGCGGACGUGGGUACGGCGAACACGGCGCCUGUGGAAUCGGUUGAAACCCUGGAUCAGGAGACGACGCUGAACGGCAACGCUGUCUACGCCCCCGCUCCCGUGGAGCCGCAGGAACAGCUGUUCCAGCCGCCGCCUGUCGAGGAGCUGUGCGAGCAGCCGAUCGCAAGCCCAGGCGUUGGCGCUGAGGAAACGCAUGAAGACCUCGACACUGAAGUUUCCCAGAUCAAUACACAGUCCAAGACACAAAGCAGCGAGCCGGCCGAGAGCUACAGCCGACCCAUGUCACGCACCUCUUCCAUGACACCCGGUAUGCGGGCCAAGCGGUCAGAGAUUGCGCAAGUAAUCGCUCCCUAUGAGGCAACAAGCACCGAGCAGCUCUCGCUAACGCGGGGCCAGCUGAUCAUGAUCCGCAAGAAGACGGACUCCGGCUGGUGGGAAGGUGAGCUUCAGGCGAAGGGACGGCGGCGCCAGAUCGGCUGGUUCCCGGCCACCUACGUGAAGGUUCUCCAAGGAGGGCGCAACAGCGGACGCAACACUCCCGUUUCCGGCAGCCGCAUUGAGAUGACCGAGCAGAUCCUGGACAAGGUCAUAGCCCUUUAUCCGUAUAAAGCACAAAAUGACGACGAGCUAUCGUUCGAAAAGGACGACAUCAUCAGCGUGCUGGGUCGGGAUGAGCCGGAGUGGUGGCGUGGCGAGCUGAACGGUCUUUCUGGCCUCUUCCCCAGCAACUAUGUGGGCCCCUUCGUGACGUCCGGAAACGUAUAACGAGCCUUCGGCUUUGGCCUUUAAGCGGCAUCAGGCACUCGCUUACAUUAAAACAGACAAACAAAUCUACACGAUCCCUUGAGUAUUGGGUUAUCUUAAGAUCAGCAGCAGCAUCAAUAUCCUCCUGGCCGGAAUUCGUAUUCUAGAAAGCCUAAAAGUUGGCUAUUUACAUUGUUCAUCCUGAAAGUUUACCAUACGACGUUUUCUUACAAUGUUUAUCUUCUUCGGUGUGAAAUUCCCUUAACUUGUUGAUAGAAUUAGUAACCAGAUCUCAUCUGAAAUCAUUCAUAGAAUCAAACAUUGCUCUCAUGUUCGUAACCAAUCAAACGAAAGAUACAACAGAAAUCAAGUAAGACACAUUUUAAAGGAUUUAUAUAGUAAUCUGCAUAUGGAAACUACAAAAUACAUAAGGAUAUUAAGUGACAAUUACGUUUCGUUGUAUUAGAUAUGUUUAUCGAUCGAAAACCAGAAUAUUCAAAAGUUUUUUUCCCCAAAUGCUACUACACAUACUCAUAUAGUAUAUAUAACGAUGGUUUUCUGUGUUUUCCAAUAAUAUCCGAGUAUAAUUGUAUAUAUUUCAAGUAAACCAACCAACAAAUGGGAGGGAAGUAUGAAUUAUUGUUAACUAAAUAUUAAGCAUGAUGACCAUUCUCUUAUAUAUAUUAAUGCAACCUUUGAAGACAUCAAGGAAAAUGGAAAAAAAAAAACGGGAGAUACAUAAGCUUAAACAUAACAUAUGGGCAACAGUAUUGAUAAUAUUAAUGAUAUUUUGUAAUGGAUAAACUUCUGUUUUUGAGUAACAUACUUGGUUUUAUAACUAUUUUAAGCGCUUGUCUCAACUGCCAUAAUUGUAUUUAUUUAAUGUCUAUUGUCUUAUUGAUGAAUGUUGAAAUUGUUUGCUGUUAGUUUAAAGGAUCUGCAUCUGAAGCAAAGGAGUGGAUGAGAUGUAAAAAUUGAGUAUGUACAAAUUCCACAAAUAGAAGUUCAUUAAACUCGAUUGGAAUGAUAGUCAGAUAUUGUAGAGCCACGUUAUGCUGUUCGAAUCUGUUUAUGCUAGUUGCAGUUUAGUCUAUUUAACAAAAUCACUCACAUAAAUGUAUCUACGCUAUCUCAUACUUAUGAAGAAACACUGUCGAAUGCCUUUCAAAAAAUGAUAACCAAAAAAGUCACCUUACAUGGAUUAAUCUAAUCGUAACUUGUUAUUGCAUACCACGACUAUUUAUGCGUAUAUAGCUCUAUUAAACGAAACCAAAGUAAAGAAUCGUUAUAAGUACCGCAAGGCACCGAUCUGUGGCGAAAUAAUACCGACUUAUCGGCGGCUGGGCGGGGAAAUUCUAAAAGCAUAAACACAUAUUUAUGUAGCUAAUGUUGGGUUGAUUAUUGAUUCCACAUAUAUGUACUAAUAAAUUAAAAUGAACCACAAAACUAAGUAUAUACAUACUAUAUAGAGAAAGUACUAAAAUUUCUUUAGAAAAAAACAAAGCAAAAAUGUUAAAUUGAGAUAUUCGUACAUUCCAAAUCCCACAUAUACACCCCUGCAUACAUAUAAUGCUCAUAUAAGCGUACUUGUUUAAUCGUUACGAAAGUUAAUUAAUGUAAACAAUGCUUAAGAAUAAUUAUCGACGACAAAUUCUGUACGCAUUAGCACACUCACCUACACUGAGACUCACUUUAAACGCGAAAUGGUGACCAUCGAUAUAUCUACCUAUAUACAAUCCGGACCGACGAGAACUCUUCUGCAGACACACAAUGCAUACGAGUAAAUAUAAAGUGAAUUCUUCGAGAAAUACAAAACUAAAAGAUACCAUAAAACAUAUUGAAAUAUAUCAGUUUCAAACAUAAUUAGAAGACAAGUAAAAAGGGAAAACCAAAAAUAUUAAAUUAAAUUAUGAAAAUAACAAAUUACACAUAUUUGGUGCAAUAAAUGUAAAAAAAGGAACUUCAAA